AUGGCUUCGUACGAGACCCCUCGCGUAGACGUGAACGCCGCUGGCUGGGGCCCCACGGUGCUCCCCGAGCAGUUUCUAAACGUGCCGUAUGCGCCGUUUAACAAGGGCGACAAGCUGGGGAAAGCCGCAGAUUUUGUCAGCAACUACGCGCCACGCGGGGGUCGCUAUAUCCGCGACCCGUCGGGUGUGAAUGCUGAAUUCCAGUACAAGCACGACUCGAAGGAGGACGCAACGUUCCAAUUGGUGGACACGUCCAAGGGCACGCGUCCCAAGAAUGAGGACCGACUGCGUCCGACGUGGAACCAGCAGCGCUUUGGUGGUCGUGGAGGACGUGGAGCCGGUGGACGCAACAGCUAUGGUGACAAACCCGAUGCCAAUGCUGCCACUACGUCGUCUGCGCAGCUUCGCAUGAAGGGUAUGCAGAAGCAGAACAAGCGCUGGGACCGUCUGAGCAAUGCGCGUCGCCAAUUUACGUUCCGACGCCGGGACGAGGUGCAAGUCGAUCGCGCGGCGUCGGUCACGGUGCAAUCGAAUUGGGACCUCAUCGAUCAGUUUGAGCUCCAGCAGCUGACAAAGCUACAGGCAAAUAUCCCUAAGAGUCAAGACAUCAAGUGGUGUGGAGAACUGCGCGAGUAUGACGCUACUCUGGAUCGGAUUACAAGUCGCACGAACACGCGUGUGCAUCGCUAUGACGAUCGGGACUUUUACUACGUCACGACAACGGACGACCCGGUGAUUGAGGAGCUCGCACAAGAGGGUGAAGCCACGGUGUUUGCUACUGAUGCUAUUCUAGCGCAUCUUAUGGCAUCGACACGCUCUGUGUUCCCGUGGGACAUUGUGGCCCAGCGCGUGAACAACAUGCUGUUUUUCGACAAACGCGAUAGCUCAACCUUUGAUCUUCUUUCUGUCAACGAGAACGCGUCGGAUCCGCCCAGUGAAGAUGACCCUGACCACAUGAACCACCCAGGUCGUCUGAGUCUUGAGGCUACUAUGAUUAACCAGAAUCUGUCGCAACAAGUGCUCAAGACCGGCAACGGAGCAUUCUAUAAGAAGUGUGACAACGCCAACCCGUUUGCUAGCGAUGAUGCCAAGCCCGCUAGCUGCGCGUAUCGUUACAGGAAGUUUGACUUGGGUGGCGGGUUGAAUUUGGUGGCUCGUUGCGAAGUGCAGGCUGUGGCAAUCAAGCGAGGAAUGCAGCAGUACGUAAACACGUACGCACUGAACGAGUAUGACCCAAAGUUUCCAGGAUCGAUUGAAUGGCGCAAGAAAAUUGACUCUCAGCGCGGUGCCAUCUUGGCAAACGAGCUAAAGAACAACUCGUGCAAGCUGGCCAGGUGGACGGCUCAGGCGCUUCUGGGCGGUCUCGACGAGAUGAAGUUGGGUUACGUUUCCCGCUCUAACUUUAAGGAUCCGUACUCGCACGUCGUGCUGGGCAUGCAGUCGUAUAACCCAAGCACGUUUGCAACGCAGAUCGCGCUCAACCAGAACAGCACGUGGGGUAUUGUCAAGAUGUUGUCGGAGCUGCUACUGGAGCAACCAGAAGGCAAGUACGUGAUUAUGAAGGACCCGAACAAGCCGAUUAUCCGACUCUUCUCGGUGCCCCUCGACACGUUUGAGGAAGAGGGCGAGGACGACGAGGAAGAAAAUGACGAGUAA